GCCAUCAAAAUCAGUGGAAGGGUCAAUGCUUCGUUGGGACAGUGCUACCAACUAUUUUUGUUGGAAGUCUGCAUAUGAUGACAAAGAAAUUUGUUACCCAAGUAAUUCACAAGGUCUGUAUUUUAAACGCAAAAAGAAACAAUUAAAACCACCAAUAUAUGACGAACUAACUUGCCCAGUCUGUAGGAAGCUGUACUUUAAAGCGCAGUUACUGCCGUGCAAUCACAACAUAUGUGAACACUGCAUUCCAAGACAAAAGACAAUAUCCAACAGUGGUCUAAAGAAACAUGCUAUUGUCACAUGCCCAGUCUGUCUCGAGAAUCAUUAUUUUGCCAGCACUGAAAGAGUCAAAUUCCCUGAGAACUUCCUGCUCAAUGAGGUGCUAAAUAGGUUGCAAAACCGGCGCAAGAAAUCAUCAAAGAGUAAAUCAACCGGAAGACAACCUUAUUGCCAACUUUGUGAAUCGAAAAAUAAACAGAUUGCAAUCAAGAAAUGUGAAACCUGUGAUUUAAAUUUCUGCAGGGAUUGUUUAAAACAACAUGACCAAACUUACACGGACCAUAAUUUGCGCGAUCCUUCAGGUGGGGAGCCGCUAAUGAAGUGUUUCUACCAUCCUGAUUCAAACCUGUCAAUGUUUUGUUUGUCUGACAAGAUUCCAAUAUGUGAUGAAUGUAGUAAAGAAAAACACAAAGAUCAUCCAACGAGUACCUUGCAAGAGGCAUUCAAGGACCAAUCAAUUCAUCUAUUUCACAUUAUUGCAAAAUAUGGCAAAGUUAAAGAUGAAAGUGAAAAUGAUAUGCUGAGGCUGAGCAUUUUCAAAUCCAAGCUUCAAGAGAAUAGAGCUGAGUUUCAGAAGGAGGUGUCUAAUGGAUUUACACUCUUACAUGAUCAACUCAAACAGAAAGAGACCCAGGUUAAAGAAAUAUAUGAAAAUGAGUUGAAUCUUAGGAUAGCGAACAUAAACCGUUACAUGGAAGCAACAGCUAAAGAUGUGUUAGGUACGGAAGGUUUAAUCCAGUAUGCCAAGGAAGCAGUAAAGGAAAUGAAUCAGUUUGUCCUUCUGCAAACUGUUAGCCAUUUGAUAGAACAGCUGAGGAUGAAAGUGGCAGAUAUUAAUAUAUCUGGGCACAAGCUAAUGACCAGCCCCACUGAGCCAUAUAAAUUAGAUUUUGAAAACAUCUUAGCUCAAAUGAAUAAGAUUUUUUCACCAGUUACAAAAAAGUUUGAAUUGCUGAAAGACCACAAAGCAUCCCCCAUUGAUAAGAAGAAAGAAAUAAAUGUCCCUAUGGAUAGACAAGCUGAGAUUAAGGAGACAGAAAGAAUCCUGGCCCAGUCAGAGGAGUCCCAGGAAAACAGUACUGAAACUAAGCAAGAACAGAAAGAAAGUGUUGCAAGCUUUGAAAGUGAACGUGAUGCAGACAGCAAAACGUCAAAAACAAGCCAAGGAGAGACAAAUCCUGAUGUACUUGUGCCGCCAACUAUUUACCAUCAUAUUGUGCGAGGAAAUACAGCCAAGGUUUUUUGGAUGGUUCCAGAAUAUGACCUUGUGGAUUCUUUUGACGUGCAAUUGCAAGAGUUGGGUUAUAAUAAGGGACCUCCGCCGCAAGGAGGUGUAACGUUUUCCGGAAUAGAUGCCUCUUCUUUUGAGACUGAGUUGAAAGCCAAUUCUGAGACCAUCUUCAGGGUCCGUGCAAUGACUGCCUUUGGACAAAGUGAUUGGAGCUAUCCUUACAAGGUUUCCACUAAAAAGUUUUAAGUUGGAAGAGGACCAGUCCUUACUUUACUGAAGCACCCAAGGAUGAUAAACCGGGUAAUCAAACAUACUCUUCGAAACUAUUCGAUUGCUGAUCAGAUGGAACUGGACGAUAAAUGUUGCUUGAAAGUACUUUCACGUGACUUUGGUUUAUAUAUUGUAGCAUUUACAGUUAACAACUUGUGUUGGUCACAUGCAUGAAAUGUACUUUGAAAGAUCUGAAUCAAGCUGUUUGCUACAUUGAAAGAUUACAUUAACUUAAGCUCAUUCAUAUUCAGGUGGAAAAUAUGGCUGAAUGCUGACAGUCCUGCAUCUGAAUUGGAAGGUUGAGUUCAAGUCUCACUCCAAAAAUGAAAACUUAAACUAGACUGACACUUCAGAAGUGCCAUCAAUGGUUGAGCUGUUACACAAAGCCUACCCCUCAGCUGAAUUUAAAAUAUCCAAUGGCCCUCUUUGUUCAAAGAGACGGAGAGUUCUGUCUCACAUCCAGGUCAAUAUUUGUCCCUCAAACAACAGCCACUGAAAGGAAAAUUACUUUGAUAUUGCACUUCUGUUUGUAUCAGCUUGGCGUGUUCAAAUUAACUGUGAUUCUUUAAAUCCAUUCAAGGCCUUGCUGGCUAAGACAGCAUUUCUUGCCCAUCCCUAGUUGCCCUUGAGAAGGUGACGGUGAUCUGCCACCUCAAACUGCUGCAAUCCAUGUGCUACUGGUAGAUCCACAAUGCCAUUCGGGAGUUUCAGGAUUUUGACCCAGCAACACUUAAGGAAUGGCAAUUUUAUUCCAAGUUGGGUUGAUGAGCAGCUUGGAGGGGAGCUUGCAGGUGAUGCUGAUCUCCUACAUUGCAAUUUGACAAUACUUUUAAAGGUACUUCAUUGGCUGUAAAACACUUUGGUAUAUACUGAAAUUGUGACAGGUGCUACAUAAUGCAAGUUCUUUCUAUUUUACUUAAUUUUGCUUGUGGUAUUUAAAAGAAAUUAGCAUAAAUAAAAUUUGAGUCUAAUUGUU